AUGACGGCCGAAACGCAUUCGAAUUGCCCGUAUUGCCAGACGAAAUAUUACGCCAACCUGCACCCGAAAUUCCUGCCCUGCGGCCACCCACUGUGCGAGUCGUGCGUCGCGAGGAGUCUGAUGACGCAUGAUCAUACCUGUUGCCGUCAUUGCGGCGCAAUCUACGGCAUUGACGCAAUAAUGGCCGCAUUUUUGGCAAAUACCAAAGACCUGCGAAAACAGCUCGAGCAAGUCAACGCAAACUGCGUAACAAUGAGCUUCGAUCAGGAGGAACUACACAAUCAGCUCGAAACGGCGAAAAAGGACCUGAAAGCCGCGAAUAAAGCCAUAUUAGCUGCAGAAUCGACUACGGUUAUUCAAAAAGAGUGUUUCAAAAACCAAAUCAACGAAAUGAAGGGGUAUCUGGGCGAGCUGGCCAAGUUAGGCAAGGAGAAGGAGGCGGAGCUGAAUCAAGCGGCGAUCGAAAAGGAACGUAUGUCAAAAGAAAUUGACGGCCUGAAAGCUCAGCUGGUGGAGAUGGGCAAGAAAGUGAUGCAACUCGAAAAAGAUGCCCAAGCGGAGACGAUUAAAAAACUAAAGUUGCGACUGGCGGAAGUCGCCAAGCAAGCAGCGGAAAGUGAGAAGGCUCGAAAAAAAGAAAUGAUUUCCAAAGAUAUCCACGAUGCCGAGAUGGCCGACCUAAACAAGCAGAUAGAGGACAAGAUGAAGCUUUGCCGGGCCCAGAAACAGGCUGCGGCAACGGAGAUCAAUCGCCUCGCCGCACAGGAAGCCGUUUACCGGGCGACGAUCGAGCGUCUUGAGAGCAAGGUGGAUGUGUAUAACUAUCAACUUGGUGAAGUCACGGCAAAGUACAAUCAACUGCUGGAUGAGCACAGCCAAGCCCUGGAGACCUCGGCAGCAUAUACCCCAGAUUCUGACGACGUCUCCGAAGAGGUCGAUUUGCCCGAGAUUCCGGUCGAUGCGAAGGUCGCAAAGCCACCUGACAUCGAAUUCGUCCGCCUUGAGCCGGUAAUGGAAAAGCUAUUCAUUCGCGGGCUACCAGGUGGAAUCACCGAAUCUGAAGUCGAGAUGAUCCUCUUCAUGAGAGGAGACAACCCUGCAACCCCUACUAGAAUCUGGCUCCGAGAAUCGAAUGGAAAAACCGACUGCAUUGCGCAGUUUGAAGACAAAAAUGAAGUGGAAAUGCUAAUCUGGCAAUGGAACGGCAAAUGCUAUCCCGGUAGCCAGCAUCAGCUGACUGUCGAUUAUUGGAAGAUCGCCACAAAAAUCGAUGAAUUAACCGAGGAAACUGAAAUGGCCAUCUUUACGAAUACAGCAGCUCAAAAGGCAACCGGAAAUGUUGGUUCCCAGAAAAGUCAACCGGAAACCGUCCAGAAGGAAAAAAUAGUAGUCGCUAAACAAGAGCAAACGCUAAGAGAAAAUAUUCACGGAUCGAAGGCAAUUUGCAUAAAGAACAUACCUGGACGUGUAACUGUGGCUGAACUGACGAAUUUCUUGGAGGCGAAAAUUGGAGAGAAGAUUGAUUUAUCGAAGGAGGGAGUUAUUUUCGUGGCUACCGGAGACUGGUUCAGUUGUGCAAAAGUGAGAUUCUUGACCGCAGAGGCUGCGCUGAAGGCCGUGAAUGUGCUCAGUAACAUCCGGUAUCCGAAAUCUGGACAGAUCCUGAAGCCGAGCUUGUGGAUUCCCAACUACGUGAAACCGCCAAAGACCAAGGGCAAGAAGAAGGGCAAGGCCAAUGCCAAGCCUCAGAAUAUUGGCUUUUGGGAUGAUGGGACGAUUGUGGAUAAGGAGCUGCUUAAAAUGGAAAAUUUUGUCGUCGCCGAGAAUAUUCCUCUAUCCGUUGCCGCAGAUACUGUAGUCUCCCUAUUCGAGCAAGUGGCUCCGAUAUCGAGGGAUAAGGCUGGAAGCCCGGGCAUCGUCCUCGUGGAAAAAGAGGGCACGCAAUCAGCUUUCAUCGACUUCGAGACGAAGCAAGGAGCUAAAAAAGCUUGUGAGGUGAUGCUGGGUCGAGCUUUCCGCGAUCCGUCUAGCGGGAUAUAUUGGACGAUGAUCGUGCUGCUCUACAAAGAC